AUGUCUAGCCACACAGGCUGGAUGCAAUUCUACCACCACAACUUUUCUGCUGACCAUGAAUCCCAAACAACCCCGGCCACCAUAUUUAAUGAUCGAGUUUCCGAAGCCACCGUGGUAACCACCACUCUCACAUCUCCCACCGCCCCGACUCCUCCGGGUUCUAGUAGUCACUUGAACCCGGAGGGCCGUGUUUCGAAACCCGUUAGAAGACGGUCGAGGGCUUCUAGGCGAACCCCAACCACCCUACUCAACACGGACACGACCAAUUUUAGGGCUAUGGUGCAACAAUUUACGGGCGGUCCAAGAGUACCAUUCGUCCCGGGUGGUUCUCAAUAUUCAAUUCCGAGAGGAACCAACUUUAACUUCGAACUCGGAAAUCGUCAGCAGAUUGUAAUCCCUACUGCAACCAUGGUUCCUUCAGCAUAUCAUCAUCUUCAAUUUCAGCAACAACAACAACAAAACCAACAACAUCAAAACUACAUGUUCUCUGUGAAUGGUAGUGAAAGUGGUGAUGCCUUUGUCCAGAGAGUUAACAACUCCAGAAGGAGCAGACUAGACAUGGAGGUCCCUGAUGGGCCUAGGGCUUCUUCCUCGAAUGAGAACCAGAAUACCAACAAUUACAUGCUUUGA